AUGGGUCUGCCCUGUGGGAACUGCAUACGCAGUGGUCUCAACUGCGAAGUUGUGCCGCGAAAGAAGUACUCACGCAGGAAGACAGCGGGCCUAGCACGGACAGCUCACACCGCGCCCAGCACAGAGAUUUCCGGUCACCGAACUCUGCAGCUCGCCCAAAAUGAAGAGCCCGAUGGUUUUGCACCUCUCCAUGGAAGCACCAGCGACUCGUUCCAGUCUGAAAGCUACCGACUUCCGCGGCCACCGACGGAUGCCAGUCUUCAGGAUGAGUCCAGCAACCGAGACACCGAACACGACGGGGGCUAUGGCACUGUUGCCCUGGACACGGCGAUGGACACACAGACGUCCUUAGGGGAAAACACCAUCCCGUUCUACUUCGGCGACGCACAAAACGGCAGCCAUUUCACCUUUGAGCUCUGCUUGUCCAACUUCUCAUCAUGCCCCAAAAUCUACUUUAUCCCUCAUAACAGCACGCCCCGAGUACUGGCACCCGAAGAUCUCGAAUAUCUGGAGCGAAAGGGAGCGUUGUCCCUGCCAGCCGACCACAUUUGCGACCAGUUACUUCGCUCAUACUUCCAACAUGUGCAGCCGCUUACCCCGAUCUUGGACACCAGGUCGUUCUUGGACCAGUACGUAUCUGGGAACCCGCAGAGACCCGGUGUGCUCUUGAUGUAUAGCAUCUUUUUCGCGGCGGCGAACUUUGCGGAUCCAUCGACCCUGGAUGCAGCGGGCUUCCCAUCGCGGAAGGCACUGAAGAGAGCAAUGUACCAGCGAGCGAAGGCCUUGUGGGACAUCGAAUACGAGGAUGACAAGAUCACCUUGAUCCAGUCCGCCAUUCUCCUCAGCUUCUGGUACGCGGACUCCACAGACCGCGCGGGACCGUGGCAUUGGGCCGGCGUGGCGAUCAGUAUGUGUCAAGGCCUGGGCUUCCACCGUUCCCUGGAGCUGGUCGUGCCAGAUUCCUGCAAGAUCAUUGGGUAUAGUCGCUUGUUCCGCCGACUUUGGUGGAGUUGCUUCGUGCGAGAUCGUUGGUUGUCCGUGACGCUCGGUCGUCCCAUGCGGAUUCACCUGGAUGACUGCGACGUGCCGAUGACCACUGUGGACGACAUCACGCACGAAUGGGCCGACAUCCCUCUUGCCCUCAAAGACAGGUAUUUCCCAUCUGAUUACCAUCUCCUCGCGCACUGCUGGGUCCAUUUUGUGAAGUUGACCGUGGUCCUCGGCAAAGUCAUCGCCGUGCACUAUUCGCCCAACAAGCCGCGCCCCGGUCGAGCCUCGUUGGAAAUGUGUGAAGACGAACUUCGGCGGUGCGGUCAGGAUCUACAUGCGAUGGAGGAACGGCCGGAUUGGAAUUUCCGGCUCUACCGGCACCAUCUACAGCUGUUUCAUGAAGCCACGACGAUCAUCUUAUACCGGCGGUAUAUUCGGGCGGUGCCCUCCAACUUCCCGCCCGAGGACCGCGAGUGGUUCCAAACGAAGGCACGGCAGAAGUGCCGCUCCGCCGCCGACCGGGCCACCUCGGUGGUCGAGGAUCUCAUCGAAUUGGGAAUGAUACACUAUUUGAAGCCGAUGGGCACGAGCACCAUUGUAUCGGCCAUGGGGAUCCAUCUGUUGGAGUGGAUGUCGGCGCAGAGCUCCUUGUCUAAACGCCUCGGCCACGCCCGGCUGGAGAUCUGCGUUGAGGCGUUGUCAAAACUCAGGAGUACCUAUUGGGGUGCGACGUAUGCGUGUCUGCUCUUUGAGAAGGCGAAGGCGAGAAUCCUGGAGAAGACACUCUUGACACCCAAUUCUGCUGUGGACGAGUCUGCCGUGGUGGCAGCAGUGCCGGAUGAGACGCGCGCGCUGGAUGAAGCACGGUCGGACGUCCUUCCGCCGUUGAUGUCGACCCCUGACUGGAACGGAUUGGUGGGGAGUCAAGCCAUGGACGUGGAAUUCCCUAUGGACCUAGGCCUGUUAUUGACCUCUGAAGGGUUACAGGAUCUUUUCUAG